AUGUCAAUUAAGUUUCUAACUCAAUCCUAUCCAACAGAGAAGAGUCUUUUCUUGAUACCAAAAUUCGUGCUACGCAUCGUUGGUUUCUAUCCGGAGCAAGAAAAAUCUACGAUAAGACGAAAUGCUUGGACAAUGUUCAAUUUGAUCAUGCUGAUUUAUGGUUCGUACGCCGAGUUCAUGUACGGCGUACAUUAUCUCUCGAUCGAUGCGGUGCGCGCCUUAGAUGCACUAUGUCCAGUCGCUUCCAGCAUAAUGUCAGUAGUGAAGCUAAGUUUUUUGUGGUGGCAUCGCGUUGAGCUGGAGCGUUUAAUAAGGCGUGUGUCUGUGCUAACAGCGGAACAAGAUAGUCGCUUGAAGAACAAUUAUAAGCGCCGUUAUUUUACAAUUGCGACAAGAUUCUCAGCGGCGUUACUGUGCCUUGGUACUUGUACGAGUACUUUGUACACUAUCAGAGCAGCUUUGGCGAAUUAUUUCAGCUAUGUGCGUGGUGAGAAUGUACCAUAUGAAACGCCAUUUAAGAUGAUCUUUCCACAAACUUUACUCUCCAAGUGGAUCUUUCCCGUCACCUUCACAUUCUCGCAUUGGCAUGGCUAUAUUACCGUUGCGGGAUUUACUGGCACAGAUGGUCUCUUUCUCUGUUUUUGUAUGUAUUUCGGCACACUUUUGAAGGCUCUACAAAUUGAUUUGAAGGAUCUGUUGAAGGAUAUGGACUGUGGUCAGCACGAGGGCUUGUCCGAACGAGAUAUUGAAGAAUGUAUGAAAAAAACCGUUAUGCGUCAUAAUGAAAUUAUCGAUUUGAUUGGGGAUUUCUCGGCAGUUAUGUCGAGCAUAACCUUGACGCAAUUUGUGUUGUCGAGCGUCAUAAUUGGUACUUCUGUGGUGGAUAUGUUGUUGUUUUCCGAUUAUGGCAUCCUUCUCUAUUUUGUUCACGCUUUAGCGGUUACCACUGAAUUGUUUCUAUAUGGCAUCGGUGGCACCACUGUAAUUGAAUGUAGCUCUCAGCUGGCUACUGCGGUCUACGAUAGCAACUGGUAUAGUCACAAUGUGGAGGUUAAAAAAAUGGUAUUGUUUAUGAUCUUACGCACACAAAGGAGCUUAGUCAUAAAGGUACCGUUUUUCGCGCCAUCAUUGCCAGCACUAACUUCGAUCUUACGUUUUACUGGUUCCCUGAUUGCCCUGGUAAAAUCAGUUGUUUAG